GCGCGUUACCAACAACACUUUUCGAAAAACAUUGAUUUCUGGUACAUCUGGGGCAUUGCAACAACAUGGCAGACCCAAACUCCUCUGAAGCGCUAAGUCAAAUUCAAAGCCUCGAGAACGAACACGGCGAUAUCAAAACAUACCUCUCCAUCCUCCGCAUCAGCGAACCCAUCGGAUUAGAAUCAGAGACUGAGAAUCAGGAACGGUCUCCCUCGAAGUGUGGCUCUGAUGUCUCUGCUCUCGAUAACCCCACGCCGUCUUCGUUGGAGGCGGACUUGACGCAUUACAAGGAACUCUUCUCCAAACUACGCUUCUCCUACGUCGAACAAGUCACAAAAGAAAAAUUCCUCCGCGCAAUCGUAGGCGAUCCGCCCCUCGUCGUCGACAACAAUGAAAACCUCAAACUCGAAACCCAACUCGCAGAAAUAAAAGCAGAGCUCAAAGCGCGCAAAGAAGAUGUUCGAAUGACGAUCGAGGAAAUGGAGAAGACAGGAAGGGAUCUCGCAGCGCGUUAUAAGAACGUCCAGUUACAAGGGGCCCAACUUUCCGAACUCCCCGAAUCCAUCGCGAACCUUGAGUCGACUAUCGCCGGGUUACGCGCGAAACAGGUUGCCAAUAUGGAUGAUGCAUCGUCGUCGCAGAAGCUUCCUCUUCCUGCGACGUUAUCGCUGUUAUCUGAGCGUGAGGCUGAACUUGCGGCGCUUAAUCGUCAGUUGGCUACGGUACAGAAUGCGUUGCCUAGGAAGACGAGGGAGGCUGAGGCUAUUGAGCGGGAAUUGGGUGUGCUUGAGAGACGCAAGACGGAGGAGAUUGCGCAGGCCAGAGAAGCUCAGCGGAAGAAGCAGCAGGGAGAGAGUGACGGUCUUGAAGAGAUGGGACGGUGGUAUAGAGGGGCGGAAGAAACGUUGAAGAAGAUAGUGGGUGUCGGGGAGUAAGGAUCUUCAUUCGGGUUUGUAUGAUUUACGACGGCGUUUUAGGAAACGAGGGUGUUAGGGACAAAGGUGUAUAUAGACAUAUGACGUUACGGACAAGAAUUAGGGUCUCGAAUGAUACUUUUUAUUCGUUUAUCAUAUGAUCGUACAACAUGACACGCUAUGCUGCAGUCACAAUGGAACCCCGUUUUUUGAAUAUCUAAAUUAAAACCCGUCCAUACUCCUAGUUUUAAUAAUCUACUCCUCGUCCUCCUCACCACCGUCUUCACCACCACCCUCAGCAGCGC